AUGUCGGGUUGUAGUUUAGAUAGACAAAUGCAUCAGCCAAACACAUUUCUUAACAUAAACGGUGACCCUGUCGUUAUAAAUAUAAGUGGGACGGUUUACCACCUCAAACGUGGAACCUUCCGCCGUCUUCCGCCAUCUUGCUUAGAAAAGGCUAUAAAAAUAGAGAGCGACGUGCAUGAAGAGUAUUACAUUGAGGGUCAUGCCCAGUGUUUCAGCGCCAUUUUAUGGUAUUUCACUCAUGGAGAACUGCACAUGCCUACUUCUGUCUGCCCGGCAGUCUUCAGCAGGGAACUACAAUUCUGGAAGAUCGACCCUAAACGAUUAUCGCGAUGCUGCAACAUGAGGUUCAUAUCAUUCUUCUCCGACCAGGCGUUGCUGAAGUCAAUGGAGGAGGUAGAAACAAAGAACGCCCUUAUAGACAAAGGUAUCCACCUUAGUAACACCAAGUGGGAGAGAUUUAGGAAAAAGGUCUGGGACAUUUUGGACGACCCGACAUCCUCUACAACGGCGAAGGCCUACGUUGGUAUCUCGGCCUGCUUCAUCAUAAUUUCAAUAUUUGUGCUAUGUGCUAGUACACAUCCCGCCUUCCAGAGAGAACUGGAGAUAUCUGAAUGGAAGGAGUACUACAAGAGUGAACCUGGGAAAUUUGACGAAAUGUUCGAAAACAAGAAAGUUGCCGUUGCCAAACCGACACUCCCACCGGAAAGGUCUGGAAACUCCGACAGCCCAAAUACUAAAGUACGUGACAAAACAGGAAGUGACGAAUCUCAAUCCCGAGAGAUUUCAGGAAGUGCACAAACCCCGAUUCGGGAGAAACGUGACAGCCACGAUGCCGAACAAACAGGAAAUAAAACAAUGUUGACUAAUCAAAUAACAAAUUUUAAUAAAUCCUUGCCAACGAAUUUACAUUCUCGGUACCACUUUCUCGACAUAGUCGAUUAUGUGAUGGUGACAUAUUUUUCGCUCGAGUUUGCGCUCCGUUUGCUCUUCUGUCCCGUAAAAAGACGAUUCUUUAAAUCUAUUUUAAAUAUUGUUGAUAUCGUCGCUUUAUCGUCCGAAUGUCUUAUAAUGAUAUUUGAAACAAUUUUCCCGAAGGAACGAUUCACAAGUUUUUCUUUACUUGAUAUUGUAGAAUGUAUACAGAUUGCUCGAGUUUUUCGAUUAUUUCGUCUUAUCAAAAACUUCAUAGGGUUCCGUGUACUUGUGUAUUCCAUAAAAGCCAGUUUUGCUAAUAUGAUGUUAAUGGUCUUCCUGCUAAUGGUGGCUGCGUUAAUAUUUUCAACCUCCGUAUUUUACCUCGACCGGGACCAGUUUCCAUCGAUACCAGACGCCAUCUGGUGGGCUAUCAUUACCAUGACAACAGUUGGCUACGGCGAUAUGCACCCUGGGAAUAUGGCGGGUAAAAUAAUAGGCUGUCUUUGCGCAGUUUCCGGUGUGUUUGUAUUAGCCGUUCUUAUCCCCGUUCUUGUUACUAACUUUCUACUAUUUAUCGGUUUCGCUCGCAUUCCACAAAGAGAUAAGGACGGACUUGCGUCUAUGGUGAGGAAAGAAUACGAAAUAAGAGAAUUCCAUAACACCAAGGCAAAGGUCAGAGUUCAACUCUCGUGCCCAUAGCGAGAAUCGGUAACACCUUCUGGUGUCAGGGAAUAUGCAAAUGAAAGCUGUAACGAAAUAAAUACCAAGUGGUUAUUAUAUGUCAUGUCGUCUUCAUUGGCCUAAAUUUAAUUUAUAUCUUGUAGAUAACUUAAAUAAUUCGCAAGUUUUGAUGUUAACAUCACGUUCACCGUAUAAAAAUAUAAGUUUGAAAAAAUGUACAAGAAAAUGUAUUGUACGAGUAUGUGAUGUUAAAGGUGUACUGUUCGUUAGCUGGACACAUAUAUAUCGGUACACGUGUACUUUACCUCAUAUUCAAACAGGUCAAGGUCACUCGUAACUAAAAUAUAUAUGACGGGAAUGACUACAAGUGUUUUAGGAUAAUUUCAUAAAGCAUAUCACGACUGCUCCUUAGAGAUGACGGGAGAAAUGUAAGAUUACAGUGUGUUUUCGAGAGAUUGUCGCAAGUGCCUACAGUUGUUUUGGUAGUCGCGUGACCUUGACCUUGUAAUUGUUGAACAGUUGUAUCGAGAUGACAAAACUGGAGAUUCAUCUGCAUAUUUCCUCCGUGUUUUAACAUUGUUUUAUCAAAUAUCUUCUUAUCAGGUAUGCAAUUUCAAUUUUAACAAUUUUAGAUGUUGUCUUUUUAAUACUGUUUACAUGUACAUUUGUAUGUGGGAACGGAUCCAGGAUAAUGAUUGGUUGAGACGCCGAAUUGAAUAAGUUUGUGUCAAUUUUCCGUCGCAAUAAUAACAAAUAUUAAAUCGUUUCAUUCGCUCAAAGGCACAAAUGGCAAUAAGUGCCUCUAAAACAAGAUGAAAAAUAAUUUGGAACCACUCUCCUGGAUCCGUGUCCGAUAUCGUGGAGUUUGGUAUAGUAUUAUAUGUUAUGUAGAACCUAUCAAUUGUAUCGUUAGAAACCAAACUACGCUGCAGCCACGUUCACAAAAUAUUGGUCAAUAUUGGAAUGUGGCAGAACAUAAGGAUAUAAUUAGUAUUGAACCUUGUUUUCAUGACUACAACAGAACCUCAUUAGACCGGACAAAUACAUGUUCAGCGAAACCCUAUUUAGACAUGAACAUGUGCGUUAUUCUGGAAGAACACUGUAGACACCAAGAAAUAUGGAUCGCACAUAUUCGAACGAUAGUUUUUCCUUAAUCCGAAUGUACACAUUCGAAUAUCAUCAGCCAAAACUAAAGAGUUAGAUAACUUAAUUCAGAAUAGAAAUUAAAGAUCCGAAAUGCACAAUAUGACCUAUUUGAUAAGGACAAAUAGAAGAGAUAAGUUGCUCCGAAUAUAAGACGAAACUUUGUUGCUUCGGAGAUCUCGGAGGUUCAGACAAAUCAGGUAGAAACGCGUUUGGCCGUACAUACAGACAAAAUAUCACUAUCUAUUAAAAACUGCAAAGAAUCGUUUACUUUACGAUACUAUAAUUUUUUUGUCUGAUGAUAAUAUAUAUCUGUUUUACUCGGCCGUAUAACAAGAAUACUUGUAAAUAUCGAAGUGUACAGGUGAUCUUAUUCAGAAGGAUUUCCGGUAUUUACCUUCUAACCGCAUUCGAAUCUUGGGGUUUUAAAAUCUACACCUUAUCAAAUGUAGAUGUACAUUUUCAGAUGGAUGUGCCUCGGCAAUCCGAUAACACGAGUAUUGGACGAAUACCGGGCAGAGAACAUGCAAAAGGCCAUAUUCAGCCAUUUUUAUAAAUAUUUAAAUGUGAAAUUUUAUUGGGAUGGGAGGACAAGCCUAGAGCAUAUACUAUAUUUAAUUUAUCUCCCGUUUUAUACUUGUAGUGAACCAACGUGACAGUUUUUUAUUACGUAGUUUAAUAGUCAUACAUUUUCUUUGAACUGAGCUGCUUUAUAAUAAAUCAAGGCAAACUUCGGGUUAAUAAAUACCCAUAUUGACCUCAGAACAUGCCAAUAAAUGUAUAGCAUUACAUUGUGUACAAUGUUAUGUUUUCAAAGGGCCAGACCCCGGUAACUAUAUGUAUUAUACAAGUGCAUUUUCUCUAACAAGUGCUCAGUUUACUAUAUAUGCAAUUAUCUUCUCUGAUUGUACAUAAAUGUAAUACAAUUAAAACAUCUCAAAAAUCUUUAA